CCCUAAGCAAGAAAGCAAGAUGAAGGGUUACAUCUGCGCAAUUUUGUUGAUCUGCGGCGGGAUGGUUUACUCUGAGAAAGUACGAGAUGGCUGCCUUUUUGGAAGCGAUGUGUUCAGUGUGGGUAUACACACUAUACACACGACUACCCCGUGCAGCUUGUUGGCUUGUAAACCAAACGGUCAAAUAAUUACGGCCUCAUGCCCGUUAGUGGCUUGUAAUGAUGAGAAAGAAGUUAUUGGUAUAAUAGCUGCAAGAUCAGACAAACCUUAUCCAGAUUGCUGUAUAAAACCGAUUUGUAAGGGUACAUAUUACCCUGAAGUCGAUGACAAACCAUACCAUUUUCCAGAGAUAGGAUUCGAGUAACGCGCCAUUCUCUACCUCUACUUAUUAGCUAAUAAUAAAGCGGAAAUAAAUAAAAACUUUCGAAUCAUAUUUUUCGGACAGAUGAGAGAGAGAGAGAGAGAGAGAGAGAGAGAGAGAGAGUAAAAGAGAGAAAUAUUGUCAGAAAUAAAUUUUUCUUGUCAUAAUUCGUCAGAAUAUUCUACCAUUCCAUUCUCCACUUCCCUAUCGUUUAUCAAGACUAUGGAUAA